AUGAAGCACUUGUCGGAAACCUGUUCUUGCGGAAACAACUGUCCACUUAUUGGUUCUAGCCACAGCGAAUUCUGCGGCUGUCCAAUCGGUACUAAAUCAAUUGAGGAUGCUGGACUCGGUUCAUGCGUUCUUCGUGUACUUAUAGAUAUCGGCGAUGUCUGCGUGAACGGCGGCAGUUGCGACGUCAGCGAUCGUUGCGACAACAAGUGCCAAAACGGCGACUGUCUGCAAAUAAGCGGUUCGUAUUUAUGCAGCUGCAAGCCAGGCUUUCUUGGAAGUUUCUGCGAAAAGACUCUUGAUUACUGUGAAAGCUUCCCUUGCUCUCCGGGAAACUGUACGACACUUGGAAAAUCGUACAAGUGUCAGUGUGCCGAAAACUGUGCUUUUGUAGAAAAUGGAUACGAAUCGUGCAUCUGCUAG